AUGGGUAAUAUUCAUCUUGGUCGGAAUGAACGUCCAGAACUAACCGAACGAGAAAUCACUUACAUCACUCUCCACACGAAUUUCUCUCGGAAGCAAAUCAACGAUUUUCACGUACGAUUUUUAACUUAUUAUCCGCGCGGUUACGCGACCUUCGAGCAAUUUUGUGACUUAUAUUCCAAUGAAUUGAAACAUCUCUGCCAUUCACGACCGUUACUCGAACGUUUGUUUAAUCAUAUCGACACGGAUAAGAAUGGACGAUUGAAUUUUAAAGAAAUUCUCUUUUUCAAAGCGCUCAGUCUACCCGAAGCUGAUCCCGACGAGAAACUACGAUGGAUUUUCUUUCUCUACGAUUCGAAUGAAGACCGACAAAUCGACAUCGAUGAAUUUCUUGACCUUUGCUAUUUGAUCUAUCACAUUCACGGACGCUUACUAACCAAUCGUCGAAUUAACGAAUUGAAAGCGUUAUUCAAUAAACACGAUCAGGACGAAAAUGGACAAUUAAAUUGUCAAGAAUUCAUCGCAUUAUGUAAACAAUGCACUGAUUUGCUGGAAUUGAUAGCUCCAAUGUUCAGUAAUACGAAAUGGAAUAUCAAUAAAGAGGAAGCUCCAGAUUUUGGAACAGCGAAUGAACUGACAGCGAUUCAAAUCGACUAUUUAAUAAAGCGUACGAAAUUUACUCGUGAACAAAUUCUUCGCUAUUAUCAGACAUUUCGCACGCGUUGUCAUUCAGGUUGCUUAACCAAAAGUGAAUUCGUUGAAUUCUAUCAACAAUUGCUUCCAUCAGCAUCAUCCGAUAUCUACUCGGAGUUCAUUUUUCGUGCAUUCGAUAAUUUGUCCAAAGACGGCUAUAUCCAAUUCGAUGAAUUCCUUCUCGCUAUUUAUAUUCAUAGUAAUUCAAGUACCCCACGUGAAAAACUUGAAUGGUUAUACAACGCUUACGAUUGCGAUGGUGACGGAACGAUUGAUUACAAUGAAGUUUAUCAGAUCGUUCAGGCACUGUUUAUUUUAUAUGGAAUUGACUGUGAACGACACAGUGUGUCGUAUGUAGCGUACGAAAUCAUGGCUGUUUUAGAUUUAAAUAACGAUGAUAAGAUUUCCAGACAAGAAUUUAUGAAUAUGUUGAAAGAUAAAGAACUUACCAGCUUUUUGGCACCGUCGUUUGUGAAACAAAAAUGA